AGAGGAGCGACGCAGGCGUAGGGUGUGUGCCGUCCCAUUGGGCCCUGUGAAUGGAUUAAAGCUCUCCGUCGCCCGCAUCUGAUAUCAGCGCAACGUUUCCGCGCUACAAUAAGUCCAGUAGACCACCCCGUGAUCCCCCUCCAGCGGCCGCGACUUGUCCAAUCCCAGCCGUGCCCUCUUUUUUCUUUCACUUUCCAGGGCCCCAAGCAUCGUCUUGCCUCUGCGCCAAUCUUUAUAUACGUCUCGCUCUACUAUUGCUUGUUGGCGUUGUUGGUUUGCCUGGUCGCAUUGCCCCUGGUCUUUGAAGUGCCAACUGGAGACCUGUCGCGCCGCGCCUUAUCGUUGCCCCUGCAGCCCCUGGUCCAGUUCCCCGCCCCCUCAUCAAAGGCAGCCCCCCCCUUCGCUAAGAGGCACUACUGUUCAAGAAUCUCAACUGCCACCAUCCGCGCCAACACCACCACACUCACGGCACGCUUCCUUUUUAUCGACAGCCUUCCCGCCCCGCUGGUCGAUUUGUCCUCGUCUCGCUCACCUCCAACCCCGCGCUCAAUCCGACCCCGUCCUAGCGAAACCCCUGCUGCGGCCGGCAGCACCCACAUAGCACAAUGUCGGAUCUCCAGGGCCGGAAGGUCUUCAAGGUCUUCAACCAGGACUUCGUCGUGGACGAGCGCUACACUGUGACCAAGGAAUUGGGCCAGGGUGCCUACGGUAUCGUGUGCGCCGCCGUCAACAACCAGACCAGCGAGGGUGUCGCCAUCAAGAAGGUCACCAAUGUCUUCAGCAAGAAGAUUCUCGCCAAGCGCGCCCUGCGCGAGAUCAAGCUUCUCCAGCACUUCCGUGGCCACCGCAACAUCACAUGCCUCUACGACAUGGACAUCCCGCGCCCUGACAACUUCAACGAGACAUAUCUCUACGAAGAGCUCAUGGAGUGCGAUCUGGCGGCCAUCAUCCGGUCGGGCCAGCCCUUGACGGACGCACACUUCCAGUCCUUCAUCUACCAGAUCCUGUGUGGCCUCAAGUACAUCCACUCUGCCAACGUGCUGCACCGUGAUCUGAAGCCCGGCAACCUGCUCGUCAACGCCGACUGCGAGCUCAAGAUCUGCGAUUUCGGUCUCGCCCGUGGUUUCUCAGUCGACCCUGAGGAGAACGCUGGCUACAUGACGGAGUAUGUCGCCACGAGGUGGUACCGCGCCCCUGAGAUCAUGCUUAGCUUCCAGAGCUACACCAAAGCGAUCGACGUCUGGUCAGUAGGCUGCAUUCUCGCCGAGCUCCUGGGCGGGCGGCCUUUCUUCAAGGGCCGGGACUACGUCGACCAGCUGAACCAGAUCCUGCACAUCCUCGGCACCCCCAACGAGGAGACGCUGUCGCGCAUUGGCUCGCCGCGUGCCCAGGAGUACGUGCGCAACCUGCCAUUCAUGGCCAAGAAGCCCUUCCGCUCGCUCUUCCCCAACGCCAACCCGGACGCCCUCGACCUGCUCGACCGCAUGCUCGCCUUCGACCCGUCCUCGCGCAUCUCGGUCGAGCAGGCCCUCGAGCACCCAUACCUCCAGAUCUGGCACGACGCCUCGGACGAGCCCGACUGCCCCACCACCUUCAACUUCGACUUCGAGGUCGUCGAGGACGUUGGCGAGAUGCGCAAGAUGAUCCUGGACGAGGUCUACCGCUUCCGCCAGAUGGUACGCACCGCGCCCGGCGCCGGCGCCGCGGGCCAGCCCCAGGCGCCCCAGGUCCCCAUCCCGGCGGGUGGCGCCCAGGGCCAGUGGAAGGCCGAGGACCCCCGCCCCCAGGAGUACAUGGGCCAGAUCACCGACCUCGAGGCUGAGCUCGCUGGCGGCCUGGACGGCAGGAGGUAAAGGAGAUUGGGUGCUGAUGGUGGUAAGAUGUCUUGUUCGGCCCGCAUCCCAGAAGGGUGUCGAAAGGCGUGGAAUUUCCAGAGGCAGGAAAGCACGGGGGCUUUCGGCUGGAAAAUAGAAAAACUACUCUGUUGUUGGAUUUGGGUAUCCUGAGGUCGAGAAUCAGACUACUAUCUAGUGUUCUUGAUGUAUUAAAAGUCACCCUGGAUCUUCUUGUCUUGUCCCCUUUUCUCCUCCUUCGGUUCUUCACUGUUCUGUGGUCUCUUACUGGCCGUUUUCAAAUUUGAAGAUGGGAAGGAUUUGAGCAGAUAAAAAGAUGCGUAAGUUCUUCAAUGUCACUGAUGUUUGUUUGAAAGAGGUUGGGCUAGUACUCUGUGGUUUUGCCCCUAGGAUGUUCAGCGUAGUAGCCACCUACCUCUAGUGUCUGAUAAAGAAACGCAAAUAGGUGAACUGGGAAAUGCCUGUCAUGGAAU